ACAGCACAUAAGCUAAAGUAUAGUUGAUCGUUUUAUAUUUAAUUCAUAAAAGUUUGUAUCAUAGAGAAAGCGAAACAAUCAUGGCGACCACUUCAAAAAAGCAUAGAGAUUUCGUCUCCGAUCCUAUGGGUGAAAAACCUGUCACAGAUCUGGCGGGAAUAGGAACGAUUUUGGGUGAUCGUUUAAAUGAAGCUGGCUUCAAUAAAGCAAAUGCUGUGCUCGGUCAAUAUUUAGUGUUACAGAGAAACGAAUAUCGUUUUACGGAAUGGAUUCAAACUACCUGUAAUGCCAAUUCUAAACAAGCUAAGGAUUGCUUCAACUGCCUCAAUGAAUGGUGUGAUCGGUUCUUGUAAUUAACAUCUGUUUAAAUAUUACAAUUUACAAACUAAUGUGUAUUGAAAAUAUUGUAAGUUAUACAUAAAUAUGUAGGAUUUUAUCAAUAAAGCAAACAAUACAGCAAUAUUUUAAUUAUACCAUGCAUAA